AUGGAAGGGACAUCCUCUAAAAAUUUAAUCGAGGACUGUAGACUGAAUUUGCCAGAUGGGUUAAGGGAAUUGAUGGGCGAUAUUUCUAGAGAAGUUCUACGGGCUCAACCUUCUAACCUCUACCGUUUCAUCGCUGACUAUCUCUCAGCGUUGUUAGUAACGCGAGACCACCUAUCCAUUGCGGAUCAAGUAUGCGACUAUGUGUGCCAGUGUGACUGUCAACCAGAAUUGCUCAUCGAACUAGAACAGUUAGGUCUGGAUGAGCACAACGCACAAAAAGUCAAGGAUAUUGUUCUGAAAAAUUUACAAAAAGAAGAAGUUAACGAAAGAACUAUUUUGGCAGCUCUUUUGGCCAAAACAAAUAUCGAAGCCGAUAUGUACCCAGACGUUGUCAAUGCAGUGCGAUUGGCCUAUAUACGUCAUCAAUCACAUAACAUACCUAAAUACGAGGCUUCAUAUCGUGCUUAUGGCGUAAGACGAGAAAUUGCCUCGAAGAAAGAACAAGAAAUACCAAUAAGGACUUAUAUGAGUUACGCAGAGCCUGGGCAUAUUGCGCCAACUUCAAAUAAUUCAAGUCUCUCCGAACGUAUGCAGCAACAGAUUGAACUAACGGCCAGUCUGAACCUAGCAAGGAUAAAAACUGAUUCAUCAAUGUCUCUAGCAGGUUCUUUCUGUGACUUGCCACGUCACAAACCAUACAACACACGUGAGAGUGAGAAUCUAUACCUCCUAGAAGAAACGGAAAAAGAGCAUUCUCACAUUGACUAUACUGCUAGAAGCCCGCAUACGUCACUAGUAAGUGAGGAAGGCAAAAAAUACCCGCAUUCAGAUAAACGAAUUAGUUUCCAAGAUACUUCCGAAGGCGAAUUAUAUUAUGAAGGUGUAACCGCUUAUGAUGAAACUACCAGUAUUAAUAUAGCUUUGAUUGACGACGCAAUUCCCCAAGAACAAGAAAGUGAUCAGAAUAAGGCAGAUUUUGAUGAGGAAUGUAAUGAUGAAUCAGUGGCAACUGAAUUUUCCGAUGAGACCGUCUCUGAAGAAAUAAUUGAAAACGUCGAUUAUGAAAUUGAGAAAACAGGGGUUAAUAAAACUGAUAGAGACUAUAUCAAAGCUAUGAAUUCGGAGGUUGAUACUGAUAGUUGUGAAGAUUUAGAAGCGCAAUAA